AUGGACGAGCUGAGCGCUUGCGAAGAGUGUUACAAAGUAAGGUGGAUUUGAAAAUAUUAUUUAAAACAGGUGUUCACAGAAAAUAUAGCGAGUUUUCAGGACGUAAAAGAGCAACGCACAGAGUGGAAAAAACCUUCGUCUUCCAAGUGCCUUGGAAGAAAUGACUCCAGCUCUGAGAUUGGUCGUAAGUGCCUUGGAAGCCGGCCCGGGCCAGCAACGACUCUUCUAGCAGGAAUAUGUCAGAUUCAGAUGACGACAGCAACAAUUCCGAUGAAGAACGGGAUUUGGUAAGAUUUUGAAAGUAUUUUUUAAACAGAUGGUCACAGUAAAUAUAAUGAGUUUUCAGGCGUAAGAAGCGCACUGUAGAGCCCUCUAUCGAGCCUAAAUAUUUGAGAACUAUGGCCAUUUAUAGUUGA